UAACUCUUCUCUCUCAAUUUGACUAUCUAAAAAUAUUGGUGAUUAGUUCUGUUUUCUGAAGGCGAGGUUUCUAUUUGUAACUGUAAAGCCUUGUUUCCUCUCAGCUGGCAUUUCCUAUAAAAGGGUGAGAACAGCUAGUCCACUGUGCUGGACAACUGCGCCAUCAAAGCAUCAGAGACCUGCCAGCCUUGCUCCGAGUCGGCAGCCGUAGCUAGGCAAGCCCCCAUCUUUUACGACAGCACAGAACAAAUGAUGGCUUACACUCAGGAAAUGGCUUGACCGUCCCUGAUAGCGGAGGAGCAAUGGAUUGGCCCCAGCCAGGGUCCAGCAUGUGCCGGGAGAAGUGGCCCAUCUGAAGUGGAGGUGAUGCAAAGCCCCAUGACAAAACCAGCAGGACCAUGGGUUUGCGAUUGCAGGGCUGUCUCUCCGCUUUGCCCACUGCUGUGGUGUACGGGUCCCUCUCGCUCUUCCUUUCCAUUUUGCACAACGUGUUCCUCCUGUACUACGUGGACACCUUUGUCUCCGUUUACAAGAUUGAUAAAUUGUCCUUCUGGAUCGGCGAGACAGUGUUUCUGAUCUGGAACAGCCUCAAUGACCCCCUCUUUGGCUGGCUAAGUGACCGGGUAUUUCUUAGCACGCAACAGCCAGGAGCGGAGAUCUCCUCACCAGAAGUUGUUCUGAAGAGGCUUAAGGCUCUGAGCCGCAAUGGCCCCCUAUUUGCCCUUUCCUUCCUGGCCUUCUGGGUUGCGUGGGCCCACCCAGGCUUGCAGUUCCUCCUCUGCCUCUGCUUCUAUGACAGCUUCCUCACCAUGGUUGAUCUCAACCACAACGCCUUGCUUGCGGACCUCGCCGUUUCUGCCAAGGACAGGACCAGCCUCAACUUCUACUGUUCGCUCUUCAGUGCCAUUGGUUCGCUGUCCGUCUUCAUGUCGUACGCAGUGUGGAACAAAGAGGACUUCUUCUCUUUCCGCAUAUUUUGUGUGGCGCUGGCUCUCUGCUCCGUCCUUGGCUUCAGCCUGUCAACGUGGGUGCUGAGGCAGCGAUUUGAGACUGAAGGGAAAGCAAAAUGGGACCAAGAGGCCACUUUGAAAGAAUUGUAUGUAGAGCAGCCGUCUGCCCCGCAGGAGAAGAGGAUCACGUUGGCCGAGUACCUCAAGCAGCUCUCCAGGCACCGCAACUUCCUCUGGUUCGUCUGCAUGAACCUGAUCCAGGUAUUUCACUGCCAUUUCAACAGCAACUUCUUCCCUCUGUUCCUGGAACAUCUGCUGUCCGACCAGAUCUCUGUGUCCACAGGAUCUUUCCUGCUGGGUGUUUCCUACAUUGCUCCUCAUCUCAACAACCUCUACUUCCUGUCUCUGUGUCAAAGAUGGGGGGUUUAUGCCGUGGUGCGCGGGCUCUUCUUCCUGAAGCUGGUGCUCAGCGUGGUCAUGCUUUUGGCAGGACCUGACCAGGUGCAUCUGCUCUGCAUCUUCAUCGCCAGCAACCGGGUCUUCACUGAAGGGACUUGCAAGUUGCUGAACCUGGUUGUCACCGACUUGGUGGACGAGGAUUUUGUCUUGAACCACAGGAAGCAGGCGGCCUCGGCCCUCUUGUUUGGGAUGAUCGCUUUGGUAACCAAGCCAGGCCAGACCUUUGCCCCUCUGGUUGGCACCUGGCUGCUCUGUGCUUACACAGGUUACGACAUCUUCCAGCGGGACCCUGUGAGCAACGUGGUGAGCACCCAGCCGAAGCUCGAGUCCGGCACAGCCUGGAAGCCCACCCUGCGCCAAGGCUGCUUCUACCUCCUCGUCUUCAUCCCCAUCACAUGCGCGCUGCUGCAGCUCCUCAGCUGGUCCCAGUUCAACCUGCGGGGCAGGCGCCUGCAGACAGUGAAGGCCCAGCGCCAGUUUCUGACUCAGGGUCACUCACAAGAGAUCAAGAUGAUCUGAGGCCCCUUCAGAGUCCUUUCUGGGGACCCUGCCUCUUGCCAGCUGUGUCUAAUGCAGUGCGCCUCUAUGCCCUCCAGUGCAGCAGAGGCCAACGGUGUUACUGGUCACCGCUUCCAGGUGCUUACGAUUCAACUGUGAAAUGUUCCAAUACUUGCCAGGCAGAUGUUUACUCAUUGCAGGAGAUGGCAGGCGCUUCGUAGAGACAGGUGAUUGCAGCAGUGCCAGGUGGGUUUGCUCAGGCAGGCGCAUGGAGUCCUGGGUUUGGCAUCCCCGGUGUCGUCCUUCAAAUAUAAGAUCCCCUGGAAUUUGAGACAAAUGUUCUGACUCUCCAAUGCAGC